GAUUUAAACGCACUUUUCCCGUAUUUCUGUCAGACAAUCAGCUGGGGCGAGACUACUCAAAAUAAAAUAGGGAAAUGUAUGCAGAAGUCGAUGUUUUUAUCAGUAAUUACACAUUGGUGGAUCCUGACAUCUACGGACUAUGGAUAGAAGGAUACACUUCCACCGAAGCUGUGACAAUAUUGAAACAGAAAGGAGUUGCACAAAUCAUGGGCGCACCACUUGAGCUAAUUGUGUCCGAUGUUUUGGAUCAUUAUCGAACGUAUUCGCUGUUAGAACGGCUGCUGGCAUUGCCAACGAAACUGUCGGAACAGCCGUCUUUUCAAUUAGAGCCACAAAGUCGAUCGUUGUUGAUUGAAAAGUAUUACGCCCUGGACGACUAUGUUGCGAGAGAAAUUUUAGGCAAAAAACUAUCGUCUCGAUAUCGGAAGGAUCUGGAUGAAGUGGCUGAGAAAACUGGAGUUCGGAUCAAAUCGUGCAGGCGACAGUUCGACAAUGUCAAACGUAUCUUCAAAAUGGUUGAAGAGAUGCCCGGUAGUGUGACAAACAACAUCAAAACCAAUUUUCUGUUGUCCGACGAUCUGGCUCGUAAAUAUGCGGCCAUCGUGUUCAUUGCGUGCUUGCGAUUCGAAACGACCAAACGGAAAUUGCUGUACUUGAACUUCAGUGACUUCUACGAGUGUUCGCAGGCUAUAAUGACGUUCUGGACGUAUACGUACCAGCAUUCCGGUCCCGAGUAUUACGACACGGAAAUGGAUAAGGAGUUUCUAUUGGACCUGCGUGAGUUGCGAUGUUUGUUGGACAAAGAAAAGGAGAUUAAACACCUCGUUUCGAUUCGAUUGAAACCAACUCUACUGGAACGAUCGUACCAAGAACUGGAUAUCAAUUUCAGGUCAUAUUGGCGGUCAAUCAUUACCAUUGCGUGCAGUUUGCAUCGUACGCGUGAACUGAAGUGCUUGUUCUUGGAAUUGUCGGAGCGAUUAAUCGAACCGUGGCGACAAAACAACUGGUUACUGGAACAAGUGAAAUCAUUUUUGCCUGCAUUGACGCAAAGCGUAUUGGAUUUGGAGGUGUCCCGUGACCAGGAAAUUCGUUGCCUAUGGGAUCGGUAUAUGCAAGUUAUCAGCACGUGUCUGAUUAGAAUGUAUCACAAUUGAUGUCGUUUGAGAAUUCUUUAUUUGUAAUUUGAAUCCAACCGUU